CGUAGGCAAACAUAGUUGUACAAGUAGUUUGUGGUUAAUUACGAGAUGCAUGAACUCGAUAAACCACUGUCAGAACUUUUGAAGAUGCUACAAAUUGCUGAAGAGAGCUUGACGAAAGGAAAGGGGAAUUCUGUCCUUUUAGUACAAGGAGGAAAAGGCAAGAAGAAGUUCAAGAAGGCAAAGAAGAAUGGGCCGGAAGGCAAGGGUAACACCGAGCCAAAGUCCAAUUCUUCUAAGCUCAAGCCUAAAGGUGGAGUUACUAAAGAUUCCAUUUGUCAUCACUGUGGUGAAAUUGGCCACUGGAAGAGGAAUUGCAAGCAGUAUUUGGCAACCAAGAAAAAGGGUGAAGCUUCUGCUUCAGGUACAAUUGUUGUAAAGACUUAAACUAAUCUACAAUCUCUUCAAAAGUAUUUUGAUACUCAUAAUAUUGCAAACCGUUGCAGGAACUGAAGAGAAUAAGUAGGAGUGUUGAUC